GCGGGACCGGCCCCGUUAAAGGCGGCGGGGCCGGGGAGGCGCCGCGUCCGCCCGCGCCAUGGCCGAGGCGGCAGCGCAGGAUCUCCUGCUGGCAGCGGCGUUUGUGUCCGACGCGCAGUACAACAGGAAUAUUCCUUUUAAGACCUCUCCGGAGGCUGUCAGGCUCUAUCACCUCUACAACCACUGGAUGAUGCGAACAGCCACCUACUUCUUCAUCUUCCUCAACCUGUCCCUUGCCCUGUUUGAGGAACCUGCAGUGUAUCCGCUCCCCUUCCUGGCCACGUCAGUGCUGGAGGUGCUGUGCCUCCUGGUGUUCCUCGGCCGCCUGACACACUUUGCCAAAGUCACCCUGCACAACGUGUUCUGGAAGGACACCAAGAACAUCUGCAUCAUGGUGGCUAUCCUGCUCUCCCUGACAGACCUAGCCAUAUAUGGGGUCCUCAGGCUGUAUGGUGUGAGGAGCAUCCGAUGGUCAAGGAUUGUGAGGCCCAUCUUCCUCAUCAACUUCGCAGAGAGUCGCCAGAUCCGGAGGGCGUUCCGCAGCAUCCGCAACACGCUGCCCGAGAUCACCUACGUCUUCCUGCUCUUCAUGUUCAGCCUCCUCAUGUUCUCCCUCAUGGCCUUGAAGCUGUUUGGAGAGAGGAAUCUCCAGACAGCAGAAGGCCUGCCCUACUUCAGAAACUACCUGGAGAUUGUGUUUGACCUCUACGUGCUGGUGACCACAGCAAACAGCCCGGAUGUCAUGAUGCCAGCGUUUGACUUCAGCUCCUGGUACGCCCUGUUCUUCAUCGCCUUCGUCAUCAUCAACACUUACAUCUUCAUGUCUCUCUUCCUGGCUGUGGUCUACAACAACUACAAAAAACACCUGAAGAACGAGAUCCGUAAACUCGCCUACAUGAAGCGCCGCAAGAUGAUCGAGGCCUUCAACCUGCUGAAGGAGCAGGAGGGAGAGCAGUUCGUGGUCCGGGAGGCCCGCUGGAAGCAGCUGGUCAAGCUGGUGGCUCCUGACACCAGCAAUUCCCACCGGGAGCUGCUGCUCCGCAUCUCGGAUGACAAGCAGAAAGGGUUCGUAGACAAGAAGUCCUUCGUGCAGCUGGCAGACCUGCUCAACAUCCAGGUGGUGACGCUGAAGAUCCGCAGGCACCCCCUGGCGCGCUUGGCGCCGGUGCUGUACGGAUCCGCGCCCAGCCGGCUCCUGCGCGGCCUCGUCAGGCACAGGGUUUUUGUUUGGACCUACGAUGCCAUCAUCCUGAUAAAUGCUGUCUUCAUUGCUCUGGAUGAGGAAAGCCCCUACAUUUCCUAUGCGGAGUGGGUGUUCCUUGCUCUGUACAUCGUCGAGAUCCUCCUGAAGGUCUACACUUAUGAACCCAGGGAGUUCUUUGGCAAAACCCAGUUCUGGAACUGGUUUGAUACUCUCAUCAUCUUUGCUGCCCUGACUGCAACGAUUCUCAAUGCCACCCUCAAGUCCACCAUGAAGUACAACAGCCAGCAGAUCCUGGACAUUGUGUUCAUCCUGAGAGUCCUCAGGCUGAUCCGGAUUGUUGACAGCAUUCAGAGGUUCCGGGUGAUCAUGAACACCCUGAUAAACAUCGUCCCGACCAUGCUGACCUUUGGUGGGCUCACUCUGGUUGUGUAUUGUGUGUUUGCUAUCAUUGGCAUGGAGCUAUUCCACGGGAAAAUCCAGUACUUCCCAGCCAACUCCAAUGCUCCUCACGCCCUGGAGUGUGGGAAUCCAGCUCUCAAGGAUUCCCUGUUUGCCCGUGGGAAGUACUGCAAGAACAACUUCAACAACUUUGCCUCGUCCUUCAUCGUGCUCAUGGAGCUCACUGUGGUCAACCAGUGGCACGUCUUUGCCAAUGGAUUUGCCAAUGUGACAGCUCAGCCUGCCAAGCUCUACUUCAUCGCCUUCCACAUUGUGAUGGUGAUAAUCAUUGUCAACAUCUUCGUGUCAUUCAUCCUGGAAGCUUUCUUUGUGGAGUACUCCCUGGAGAAGAGUGAAGUGGAAACUGCCAUCGAGCAGAAAAUCCAGGAGCUGGGAAUGGGAGUUCAAGAGGAUGAGCUCCAGCAUGAACAGCUCCUGGACAACAUGGAGAGUGCCGAGCACGAGCUCGAGGGGGAAGGUGGAGCCAAGGCACAGAGCAAAGGGCUGGUGUUCAAAAUUGCCUCCAAACCAUCUUCUCCUCUCCCACCUCAGCCCUUCUGUGUUCCGUGUGCUCAGCAGCCUCCCCCUGGAGACACUGCCCUGCUGGCCGAGGUCCUGCUGUGCCAGGACACCCGUUUUCCUUUCUCCUUCCUCUGGGCUUUGCAUUCCUGCUGCCUUGGAUCCUUUCUUCUGGCUCGGAUACAGGACAGUGGAUGCUCUGCUCCAGCGCAUGUUCGAGGCAGAGAUACCCCUGGAGGACGAAGGCCCUUCCUUUGAGGAGAUCCUGAACUUGUCUCCCACCUCAGCUGUUCCCAGGAGCCCGAGUUCCGAGAGCGCAGCCUGAGGGGGGGGAUCAGGGAAUGAAGCUCAUUCCCGGCUGUCCAGGUGCUCCCUGGCCGCUCCCACGCGUGGGGCCCGGGUGACACGGUGGGAACAAACAGCUCUGUCCUGUACAGGAGCUUUAUCUCAUGUAAAAGUCUCAUAUAAACCUCUGGAAUGUGGGCAGGAGUCGGACUCUCCGCCCGUGCCCGGGCUGGGACGGUGCCGCGGGCAGUAUGUUAUGGAAUAACUACUUCUUGUA